AUUCGUUAUGAAAACAAUGCAAAAAUCAUUAAGAAAAAUUUUACCAUCGGUUGGUAACAUUGAUGAAAAUUUGAAACAAAGUGGCAGUUGCAAUUUAUUUGAAAGUGUAUAAAAAUUUUUUUUCUUUUAAAUAAAUGGAAUCACAAAUAAAUUCGAAGCAAAUGGAUUUUGAUGUGUUUAAUUUAAUUUCUGAGUCACUUUUGCAAGAUGUAGCGCAAUGCAUUAGCCAAUCGGAUUUUAUUUCAUUAAUGCCAAUUGCCUUGCAAGGAAAAACAGGACGUGGAAUUGUGGCUUACGAACAGUUAUUAGAUGUAAAUAAACGAGACAUGUUGGAAUAUUGGCAAACGGUUUGUUCAGAACUCCAGUUCAAAACAAAAUAUAAUAUUCUACAAUCUUUGAUGGUAAAAUAUGCAAAUUCCAAGGAACCCAAAUGGCGACCUAAGUUAAGUGAAAUCCAAGGACUAUAUGAAUGUAGAACAAAUAGUUUAUUAACGAAAAAGGAAAAAUUGGAAAAAGGUUUACGUGAUUUGCAGGAUGAUUUAAAAAAGACUGAAGAGGAAUGUGCUAAACAAAUACAGAAAUUUGAUGAAGAUAUUAGAUUACAUUUAACUAAAAUUAAAAACAUAUUAAAAAUUAAAAUUCGAAGUUUAGAUGAAUUAAUUACCCAAAGGCAUCAACAAAUUGAUCAAUUAUUAUCGAAUGGCACACUCGAAGAACUAAACUGAAAACAAUUUUAAAUAAAAAGCUUGAUUUUGUUAUAUAUGAAAUGGGGCUUAGUCUAAAUCAAUUCUGAAAAUUUUAGGAGAAGGUUGCCCGAUUAUUUAAAUAAAUAAAUGACUUCAAAAGUAGGCAUAAUUAACAUUGGUUUUAAAUUUCCUAAAUAUAGAACUACUACCCCUUAGAAGUUUUUCUUCUCCACCCGGUCUAAUUAAAGAAAUAACCGUAGUAAGUUAGUCAUCGUUUUUAAUUUUGAAAAUUGCUCUGUUAAUAUUUCGUAUAUUGAAAUUUUUGUAAGAAAAUAAAAAUUUUUGUUUAUAAUCGCGUCAAUGCAUACUUAAAAGCGCAAGGGGGUCGGUGCAUCUGAUCCAAAAAUGGAAGAGGACUUUUCCUUAGAAUUUUAUUUUCUACCUGAUGCAACAAGGGUGUCCGAUACUUCUGAAAAACACUGUAUAUUUUAAUUGUUAA